AGAAUUAGAUUAUUCUGGGACUACACGUGUUGUUUAUUCCACGAAAUUCGACAAAAAAAUACAAUAACAUAAGAUAACGCGACUUAAACAACUCAAAUAGUAAACAACCUGCCAUGGGCGAGCGAUUAUGAACCCUAUAUCUCUAGUAUUAGUGACAGUAUUAAGAUAAAAAAGGAAGCUUAUCCUUUUUAUCCAUUGAUUGCUAACUUCACUUUUGUUUUUGACGACUUUCGAUCCCAAACUGUUAUUUAGAUUAUUCUUCUAAUCUAACUUUUUCUGUUCCAUGUCGCGCGGCUGCCUUACUACAAUGCAAAAUCUGUGAGCAGUAUACGGCAAUGCACUGGGCGUGCAAGCGCGGAGACGAGAACCUGGUCAAACUGCUGGCCGGCGUACAUCGGCACAUCGUCCACGAGCGAUCAGUGAGUCUUGAUCCUUGCCGAUAUUUCCGAUCCUUACAAAAUUUUCCGAUCCACAACACCACCACAUAACUCCGCUAUACUUAAUUCCAGAAUGUGUGUUGUACUAAACUUACUCGUAUUCCCAAAAUUCAUCAUAAGAUUGGCCAUCAUUACAGCUAUCCUAACUUUAGAUGCUCGGAACAACGAUUUUGUGCUGUUCCCGUACCAUUCCCGGAGAUUUUUAAGCCAGGAAAUUGUCACCAGGUCACCAUUGUCGUUGUCACCAGGUCUCCGAUGCCUUGGAUCUUGCCUUGUAUGAUACGCUGCAAGAACGCUUGUCCUAACAUGCGUCAUCAUUAUCUGAUGAUAGCCUCGUUAUGUAUAUCUAUUGUGCCUUUUGGUAUCGAGACUGUUUUCUACUAAUCCUUGUCAAAAGAAGGAUGUCCACUCUAAACAUUGUCCUCAAAUAAGGAUUUCUAAACACCACGCUCGUAAGCCGCCUGCUGUAAUCGGCUGCCAACCCAGUCAAUGCACUUUCUGUUGCGGGAUCGUCACUCUGGCACCUUGCAACCCAAACGUGUAGGUACUGCUUUAAGUAACUACAAUUUUAUGCUGGACUAAUACCUUACCUUGGAAAACUUGUUAUCACUGGCAAAGUGGAAGGAAAGUGACCUUGAAGAUGAAGCGUUGGUCAGAUCAAAUCCACACCACUCUCGAUACAAAAGUACACGAAGCUCUGCAAGUCGCGAAAAGCCGAACUGCAUGGCGCGACAUCGUGCGGACAAAAGUCGUGAAUGUGUGACAGGGUUCACGACCCUCCGUAAUAAGAAACACGACGAGAGAAAGAACAUCUUACCUGAAUUGGAGUGACGUUGCGAGUCUAGGAUGGCACCGCGCUGACUUUGCCAAACAACGUUAAUUACACUACGACUUAUCCUUGGAGCUUCUCUGCGUAAUCUAAUCAGAAAUGAGGAGAUCCGCAGAAGAACCAAAGACACUGAGCUCGAAGCGAAGCUGAAGUGGUAAUGAGUAGGCACUUAGUUCGAAGAUCCGAGGGAAAUUGGGGUCCCAAGGUACUGAAAUGGCGACCCCGCGCAGUGAUAGUUUACACACUAGGUGGACUGAAGACAUCAAGCGGGUUGCAGGGAGCCGCUGGAUGCUGGCGGCUCGAGACCAUUGUGUUUGGAAGUCAACGCAAGAGCCCUAUGUCCAGCAGUGGACGUCCAUCGGUUGUUAAUGAUAAUGAUGAUGAUAACACUACGAGUAUUAUUAUAACUGCGAAAGUUUGUGUUUGUUACUCUUUCACGCCGCAACUGCUGAACCACCAGACUGAGAUUGCCAAUUAAAUACAGUCCUACGUUACGUUUCAUGUGCCGCUUCGCGUUGCCGCUUGCAGAACGGGGGCUACACACCUCUACAUUUGGCGAUGCAGUACCGCCACGAGCAUGUCUACCGACUACUAGUCGAAGUCUAUGACGCAGACCCUAACGUCCGCGACUGGUCGGGAAGGAAGCCGCGUCAGUACUUGGUGCACUUGGACACUUCGCUGUCACCAGGAUCCUAUCGAAAAAAGGAGGGAUUCCUUCGCAUCGGCUCACUGAAUGUUCGCGUAAAGAAGACAACAGAAGCUUUCAGCAACUUCCUGGGCGUGGGAGCCACGCGUUCAACCUCGUACGCGGCCAAACCGCGCGACCGAGACUCCGGUCGCCGUUCGGACGACGGCGAGUCGCUGAAGGCCUGGGGCUCCGCUGAUAACAUUCAGAAAGGCGACAAAUUGAUGCCUCCGCCGAGCGGCAAAGUGCGCAGACGCGGAGCUAGCGGUCGCCGCGCGGCAGCCGCACACACGCACAGCCGCAGCACUCCCUCCACUCCUGAUCAGCCUCGGGCACAGCUCGGCGCGCACUCUGCUGACUCUGACUCUGACUCUGCGGCAGGCUUCCACUCGGCGUGGCGACAGCAGAGCUAGCUCUGUAGCUCUAACUCACAGCGAAUAUAUUCUUCGUGUAUACAUAUCAUUCAGGGUGCUCUGGAUGCUGGCGGCUCGAAGUUUUGUGCUUCGAAGUCUAUGAGGCCUAUGUCCAGCAGUGGACCUCCAUCGGCUGAUAUUGAUUAUGAUGAUGAAUACACAUCUAGAGGACGCCCGAGACUGUGUGUUUUACAAAUCUAGCGGGAACCAUGGUUUUUUUGCAGGGUGAAAAGUAGUUUGUUCUAUUUCAAGGUAUAAUUUAACGCUAUAGCUUUCAUGCGAAUUGGCUCAAUGGUUAAGCCGUGAAAAGGUUAUAGACAGAUUUACUUCCGCAUUUGUAAUUUUAGUAUGGACUAGCGGACAUGACCGACGUUUUUAUUUUCUUUUAUUUUAUCAUAGAAACAACCUCAGUGCUGUAUACUGUCCAAUAGUAUCAAUGUAAAUGUUAUUUAACAAAUCGAUUAAUAAAAGUUAAGCAUUUCAUAGAAAACUUAAUUUAAAAAUGAUGUAUAUUUAAUAAUUUUUUCCAAUCGGCCAUUUUGUGACGUCACGAUGUUACUUUUAUAUCAAUUAAGGAAUAAACGUCAAACUUAUUAUUAAAUAAUAAUUUUAUCAAACAUUCUGUUUGGUUUAGUGUUAACGCAACGUCAUUAAACAGUUGAAAUAUAGACCAUCAAGGCCGACAGCGUUUUGGCACGUAUUAUCAAAAGAAUAUUUAAAAAUUUCAAUCUAGUAGAAUGCUAAUGAACAAUUUUAGACCCUUUUAAUAAAAGUAAAACUUCCACUCGAAACUACGAGUAUGUACAGAAGAACUAAAGUAAACGGACAUAUUGAUAGCCACAGUGUAUAGUUAUGAUAUCAAAUGAAAUAUACACAUAGCUGGGCACCGUUAAUCAAAUAGUUAACUUCGUUAAUCGUUAAUCCGCUACAAAAAAAGUUAGCUUCGUUAAACCUUAAAGCGUUACAUUCCGGAAGAAUUAACGCAAGUUAAAGUUAAUCGUUAAUCCGUUAAUAUGACUGGUAAAUAUUGCAUUUUUAUAUCAUUGUGAGAGAUCCCCAUUGGAAAAAUAAGGGUGAGCACUGGGGAAAAGUGCCAUAAUUUGUUUUUUAGUCGAUUUUAUCUAUAAUUGACAUAAAUAUAGUAAUUUGUUGAUUUCUUUGAAAAAAAAAUCUUUCAUCAUUUCUUUACUUGUCUAAACCUGUUAAUCGCGUCGCGCGGUAAAUAGUAGGCAUUGGAUUAACGAUUAACGGACAUCUGCAUAUUAACGGAAGUUAACGGGUUCGUUAACAUUUUUAAAAGUUAACUUAAAAGUUAUCCGUUAAUUAAAAUGUUAACUUCGUUAAUUAACGAUUAACGGAUUAACGAGUUAAUGCCCAGCUAUGAAUAUACAUCACUUGCUCGAUAAUAUCGUACGUUUCAAUACAUAAGUCUCUAGACAACGCUUUUCGUCGAAUUUUUCGUUUUUGCAAUCCAUAUGUUUUAAGAUUAUUUCAACAAUUGACCUUGGUAACGUCAUUUUACAUUAAAUGGCUGUGAUUAUUUGUUUUUACGAUCAUCUGACAAUGUUACUACUUGCUACUAUCAAUACUAUACUAAUACCACUUUACGUAAAAUGACGAUAAUUAUGUCAUUUCAUUGAAAACACAAUGUUAGAUGCUCAGAAUACAGAAAAUUCCAGGUGUGAUCGCUUAUAUUGUGUGAAGUGCCAUUGAAAUUAUUAUUUUUUGGAGUAAUUUCACGAACAAGCGAUUUGUCACUGUGUUUGCUGUAAGAGCCGUGAUAGCCCAGUGGAUAUGAUCUUUGCCUCCGAUUCCGGAAAUUGUAGGUUCGAAUCCGGUCCGGGGCAUGCACCUCCAACUUUUCAGACAGUUGAGUUUAAGUUCCAAGAAAUUAAAUAUCACGUGUCUCAAACGGUGAAGGAAAACAUCGUGAAGAAACCUGCAUACCAGAGAAUUUUCUCAAUUCUCUGUGUGUGGUUUUCUUAUUAGGUAAAUGAUUAAAAAGUAUUAUUUUAUGUGGUUUUAACUAUUGUUUUUAAUAUCCUUAAUAAAUAUAAGAAUUUCUUACUGAUAAAUGGUCACAAAAAUUGUUUAUAAUCUGGAUAAUUUAGUUAAGUUUCGCUACAAAUUUAAUGGAAAAAAAUUAACUUUGUUACGACAUAAUUAAAUAAUUGAAAAUUUUAAUGGCAUUUUAAUGAUUUUUAAAAAUAUAAUGAACUAAUGAAAUUUUAAUGCAAUUAAUUUUAAUUUAUUUACCUACAUUUACUAUUAUUUUUAAAGUCUGAUGUGAUAUUGUUAGGUUAUGUUUGUUAAUAGCAUCAUUCCAUAGCUUUUGUCCCUAGAAAUAUCUUAUUAUAAUUAUUUUUAGGAAUCAGUAGGGAAAUUUAAUAAAAAUUAACGACAUACAAAUAAUUUAUUUACACACAAUGUACUUUGUAAUAAGAAUUUAAACAAAAUCAAAGGUCUUAACUCGUUAAUAAUUUUAGCUGAGUUACAACAAAUUAUAAUAAAUCUUAAAACAAACUCUCAAAUUCAAAUGGUCAGAGUUUCCACCUAACUUGUUAUCGCUAUACGAAAAUUGUCCAAAAUGAGGUGCGCAACGUCUUAUAUAGGCUUGCUAGCCUGUACCACCAUUUUCAAUCCCCACUUUUAUGAUGUCAUCUUCGAAUUCUCCUAACAUUAUAUUAUAUUAUUAUGUAAAUUAUGGCUGAGUCACACUCAGAUAAUGUAGAUUUUUAAAUUUUUUAAUAAAUGAAAUUGAGAUAAUAUA